CUAGCUUGGUGUAAACGUCAAUGCGGAUCGUUUUUUUUUUUUGUUUGUGUUUCGUAAACAAAUAACACAAAAGAUCAAUUAACUUGAAAAAUCUAUAAACUUUUACUUUGUUUAUUUAAAAACUUUUAAAACUAUUUUAUCUCAGUGAUUUUGACAAAGUUUUUAUAAAACUAAAAAAUGAACAAAAUAUUUAUUUUUCUUUUUGUCUUUUGUAUGAGUUUUCACACAGCAUUUAGCAUUCAAUGCUAUGUGUGUAACACUUCGGAUACUGUCAGUCCAUUUCAAUGUGGUGAAUGGUUCGAACGGUAUGAUGAUCCCGAUAUCCAACCACAAGAUUGUUCAAAUGUGCAUGGAGCCAAGUAUUGCAUCAAACAUAUUGGCCGGUAUGAGGGCGGUAUUGGGGCCAAACGUUUUUGUUCAUCCAAAGAUUUGGGCAACUAUUGUGACUAUGUACAAAACAAAGGUGACGUCAUGGAAUACCGAUCGUGUAUUUUUACCUGCGAUACUGACGGGUGUAAUGGUGCUACUGGAUUGAGUGUUAAUAAGUCGCUUGGUUUAAUGUUAUUUGUAGUAAUUUUUAUUCGUAUUGUCAGUAAAUUUAUUUAAGUUUAAAAAUAUAGUUUUUUUUAUAUAAAA